UCAAGUCACCUACACUCCUCUCUACCCAAGAACAACCUCAACAACCAACACCAUGUGUGGCUACUACGGAAACUACUAUGGCGGCAGAGGCUAUGGCUGCUGUGGCUAUGGAGGCCUGGGCUAUGGCUAUGGAGGCCUGGGCUGUGGCUAUGGCUCCUACUAUGGCUGUGGCUACCGUGGACUGGGCUGUGGCUAUGGCUAUGGCUGUGGCUAUGGCUCACGCUCUCUCUAUGGCUGUGGCUAUGGCUGUGGCUCUGGCUAUGGAUCUGGAUUUGGCUACUACUAUUGAAGACACUCAAGGAUACCUGUUUCCCCUCAUGUAUGAUGCAAAGAUUCUCCAGCUUUAAAUCCCAAGAUCUGACAGCGCCACACAAAAUUGGAAUAAUAUGAGGGUGUGAUGGUCUGAAAUACAUUGGCAUCCAUUUAUCAACAGCAUUCCACUAUUAAUAGCAUCUGUAUCCAGGUAUUUAUUCCACAAGCUUUGCAUAAGACCAAUAAUAUUAAUUUUAUUCACAAUAUUUCCAAUAAAAUUUCUGAGA